UUGUUUAUACGGGGAACACUUACAAUGUGACACCCGGACCAGUCAGAGCUGUUUACUUGUGUUGCAGGUGAAUAUUUGAAGUAAAUCAUGUUAAAUGGAGCUUCAGGAAAAAGUAGCAGUGCCGAUAUUCACAGAAGUGGACAAGGAAGUCUUCCUGCGCGAUAUUUACCCACAGCGCAGACCGGCCGUGCUGAGAGGCGUCUCUCUCGGUCCCUGCCUCGAGAAGUGGACGGUUGAAUAUCUUGGACAGAAAGGUGGAGACAAGGAGGUGAAGAUCCACGUAUCCACCGUGCCGCAGAUGGACUUUCUGCACAAAAACUUUGCGUACAAGACUCUGCCUUUUGAUGAAUUUGUGAAAAGGGCAUCUGAAAAGAAACACUCUGAGUUCUUCCUCUGUGAGGAUGAGAGUUAUUAUCUUCGGUCACUCGGAGAGGAUGUGAGAAAGGAACCUGCUGAUCUGAGCAAACAGUUCCCCGUCCUGGCCGAGGACUUUCACAUCCCACAGUUCUUCACAGCGAAUCAGUUUUUCUCCAGUGUGUUUCGCAUCAGCUCCUGUGGUCUGCAGCUGUGGACGCACUACGACGUGAUGGAUAACCUGCUGGCUCAGGUGACGGGGACGAAGAGAGUUGUUCUCUUCAGCCCCCAGGAUGCAUUGCACCUCUACCUGUCAGGUGAUAAAUCAGAGGUCGUGGACAUCGACUCCCCGGAUCUGGAACAGUUCCCUGACUUUGUGAAGGCAAAGCGAUACGAGUGUGUGCUGGAGCCUGGAGAUCUGCUUUUCAUCCCCGCUCUGUGGUUCCACAACACCGUGGCUCUGCAGUUUGGUGUGGGUGUAAAUGUGUUCUGGAGGCAUCUACCUGCAGACAGCUACGAUAAAAAAGACCCGUACGGUAACAAAGACCCUGUGGCCGCGACUCGGGCCCUUCAGGCGCUGGAGCGAGCGCUACACACUCUGGACGAACUCCCAGCGGAUUAUCGGGACUUUUACGGACGACGUAUGAUACAGUGGAUCCAGAAGAGGACGUACUGCGACAGUCUGACGUUACCCACAAGUCAGUUCACCAAACCUGGAUGAGGGUCCAGAGAAUUGAACUGAUUAAACACCUGUUUGCCCUUCUGCUUUGUGAUAUUCAUCUGAAUCUCAGUUUGGAAUAUGAAUGUGAUUAUGACAGACUGUCUUUGGAUAAACUUGUCUUUAAAAACUAAAUAAAACACCAACAUUGGGCUAGUUGAC